UUUUAUGUCUUACCAUUAUAGAGGGCGCUAGUUACACGAUCGACCUAGUAGUAUUGAACAUAACUUUUUAAAUAUUAUUCAUUAGGCAAAAUUUCAAGUAAACUUAAACAUCAUAAAAUUUGCACCAAAAAGGUACUCUUGAUAAAACUCGAUACUAUGUACAGUUUUCGGAAUAUUUUGAUUUGGAAAUUAUGAAGUAAUAACCGAUGUUUGUAUGAAGUAAUGAUAAAUGUAUUAUAGUCUAUUUCAGAAAGGUAUAAAGCAAUAAAAUGGGGAAUUCCGUCCAGUUCGGCUCAAUUUCGGUGUCGGCCAUAGGUGUAGGUCUUUAAAUAUUGUGUAGGGAUUACUUGGGUAGUAGAUUAUAUAGUUGCCUCAUUUCAACCCUAUUUCAAAUUCGGCUUAACCAUGCCCCGUAAGGACAAUGGUGCCUUAAUCAAAAUUUCUAGACCUUUAUAAGCAUAUUUGUUUUGUUUAAUGCAUCAGUAUUUGCUGUUAAGCCGUAAAUAGUGUACACACUAUUAUAAGAUUAGUAAUAAAAUGGCAACAUUUAUACCAACGAAAAGAUGUUUCAAUAAUUCUCCACUAUCAGUGAAUGAAAAACUUAUUAUUUUAAAUGUACACGAUUGCAUAAAUGUACUGUACAAGAAAUUGUCGACCGAUGUUCCCGAAUGACUGGAGUUGGAAAGUCCACCGUUUUUAUAUUAUUGCGGUGGAGAAAGAUAGCAGGCAGAGUGGAACCUCUCAAGAAAAGUCUAGGCAGACUAGUCGUUGAUGAAAACACCAAAAGUGUAAUUCGAAGAAAAGUUCACUCUUUUUAUUUUAAAAAAGAAAUACCCUCGCUAGAUAAGAUUUUGAUGGAGCUUGGCGAGGAUGACAGUAUUCCGUUGAUAACUAAAAAACUUUUAUGGACCACUUUGAGAAAUAUGGAUUUUGUCUGGGAAAAGCAUAACCGUAAAGCACUUUUACUGGAAAGCGAUGAAAUUGUUUGCUGGCGACGAAAAUACUUAAGAAGUAUAAAGCAGUACAGAACAGAGCAGAAGAAAAUCUUUUAUUUUGAUGAGACGUGGAUUAAUGAAGGUUAUACAGUACCAAAAAUGUGACAAGACAAAAAUAUAACCAGUGCUCGCCAAGCUUUCAUGGAAGGCCUGUCAACGGUGCCUCCAGGUAAAGGGAAAAGACUAAUAAUCGUCCAUAUUGGAAGCAAAGAGGGAUUUUUAAAAGAAGGUUUGAUAAUAUUGAAUCUGAAGAUAAUUUGAUAAAAAAAAACUUUUAGCUAUAGCAAAUUUACACAAACAUCGUUUUAUGAAAUACGCCGUGGAAGGUAUAGCAGAAUAACAUAGUGUAACUGUGCUGCGUCCACCGCCAUAUCAUUGAGAACUAAAUCCUAUAGAACUUAUAUGGUCGCAAGUGAAAGGAUUUGUAGCAAGACACAACAAGACAUUCAAAAUGCAAGACGUUAAGCUAAUGUUUGAUCAAGCCAUUAAGGAGGUGAACUAAAUUCAAAAUCAUAUUUUCUUUAUUAAUGGUUCUUGUUGUUCUUGGCCUACCAGACUUUAUUUAUUUAGGUCUCAUAUUUCCUCUUUUUUUACUUGGUAAGUUUCUUCGAGAAAACUUUUCUGCACAACGCUACACUAUAGUUUCCUAAACACUCGCCUAAGAUUAAUAACAUGUCAUUGCAUUCGAAAUUUGAGUACAUUUUGAUUAACAAUAUCUAAUUUAAUAAAUAACAAACGUUACAAGAAACGAAAGUCCUCAGUCCCAAUUUUUUUAAAUGGAUGCGUUUUAACGAUGGGGUCUCAUUCAUGCGACAAAAAAUUUUCAAUUCACAUAAUGCUUCCUAUUUAAUAAUAAUAAUAAUAAUUAAUAACUUUAUCAAUACUUUAUACCAGCAUCGGUUAUUACUUCAUAAUCAUAAAAUCAAAAUAUUUCGAAAACGGUACAUAAAAACGAGUUUUAUUAAGGGUGCAAAAUUAAAUGAUGUUUAACUUCACUUCAAAUAUUGAAAAAGUUAUGUUCAAUACUACUUGGUACGAACCGUGUAAUUAGCGCCCUCUAUGAGAGUAAGGCAUAAAAACAAAUUCAUUGGAUGUAUCAGCUUCCAGAACAUAUUCGAAUGAAAUUUCAAUACAAUAUUGCCAGUGGUUGCGGUAAAGUCGUAUUAAAUGUGUUAUCAUGAAUACGGAUGGCUUUACGAAAAUAUUUUACUCAGCAACUAAUAUUUUUCAGUUUUCUAUCUAUCCUUGAGACGGAAUCACUUUUUUGAAACACACUGUAUAAUCGAUAGCGAUAAAUUUAUUUGAAUUAUAAUUAAUAUAUUUUAUUUAAAAUAAAGUAGUUGAAUAAUAAACAGCAUGUUAAUAAUUUGAAAGUAAUAGUGACUCUAGGAGGUGUUGGGAGGUUUGAUCAUAUCAAGGAGGGAGGUGCUCCCUCUCUUAUGACUUUGUUUUAGUUUUUUUCCCAUUCAAGCGAUGCCUUCAGAUUCAGAUUAUUUUGUAGGAUGAUAGUAACCUAAACAAUAUCUGCGCGAGACAACCAAGAACUUUCGGAGUAACUAGUUCGUCGAAGACAACAAAUCUUCUCGUAAAUUUUCUAGAUCUAAAAUUUAUAUUAUCCUUAACUUAAGAAUUAUUUAUUCUUCAUUUCGGUUUAAUCUUAAUAUACUGGAAAUACUUCUUACUGUUUCGGCCGUAAAUCGGAAUUAUGGGUGCUUCUGUUUUGCCAAAAGAAAUCCAAAGUAGCUUACAAAAUUUGAUAGAGCAGAAACUAGAAAUUAAGGAUUAUGACUUGAGCUUUUCAAAAGGUUCAUCCAAAGGCGACAAUUAUUUAGGUGUUUUGACCAGAGUAACAGUAACAGAAAAGAAUGAUAAAGUAGCAAAUCCUAGAAUUUUUAAUUUAAUAAUAAAAAGUGCGCCACAAUCUGAAGAAUUCAGAAAAUAUAUUAAAAUAGAAAUUCUACAUGGACGAGAAGUUUGUAUGUACGAACAAGUUUUUCCGGAAUUGAAAAGAUUUCAAGAAGAAGUUGGAUUAGAAGAUAUUUUCUAUCCAGUACCAAAAUGUUACAAAACAUCUAAUGUUGCUCCAUAUGAACAUUUAAUUUUAGAGGACAUGACGGCUAAGGGAUAUGAAAUGAAGAAUAGAAAAAUUGUUACAGAUUUAAACCAUUCCAUGGAAGUUUUAAAAGCAUACGGAAAGUAUCACGCUUUAUGUUUAGCACUAAAAAUCAAAGAACCAGAAGUAUUUGAUAACUUAGUAGAACUCACGAAAGAAACUUAUUUUACAAAUGUUAAUUUGGAAAAUUUAUGUGGAACCAUUAAAGCCGUCAUUGACAAGGUGACUCAAAAAUUGGAUCAAGAUAAAGAAAGAAAACUAAUAAAGAAACUUAAUGAGUUUAUCAAAUUUCCUGUAAAUGGUUUGUUGGAAAAUUUGUCUAUUAAAGCAGCUAAUGGCGACGCAGUAUUUUCUCAUGGAGAUAGUUGGAUAAAUAAUAUUCUGUUUAAAUACGAGGACAACUGUUCGUGUCCUUCAAAAAUUUGCUUUCUGGAUUGGCAACUAAGCCGAUGUACUUCGCCAGCAAUAGAUAUAUCGUAUUUCAUUUUUUCCUGCACAGAUAAAAAGUUAAGAGCACAUCACUAUGAGGAUUUACUGAAUGCCUAUCAUUCCAGUCUUUUAUCCUUUUUAAAACAGUUGGGAUGUGAUUUGGACAUAUUUUCAAAAGAAAAAUUAUUAGAUAACAUGAAAAGAUUCUCUAAAUAUGGUUUGAUGAUGUGUCUUAUCACUAUUCCAUUGGCAGCUGCGGAAAUGGAUGAAAUACCUGACUGGACAAAUGAUAUGAAUGAAGAAGAACGCACCAAAAUGUUUUCCCAAGAAAGAAAAAGUGAGAAAUACAUAAUCAAUAAAUUAAUUGAUGUUGUAAGGGAUUUUGAUAAAUUGGAAUAUAUUUAAUGUUAUUUUGUAUUAUAAUUUUGUAAGUGAAUUUUCAAAAUAAAAUAUGUUGUUGAUAUUUGUGACAUGUGACUUAUACAUUUUAUAUGAGAGAACUAAUUUUCAUAAAAAGAUUAUGGGUAAUUCUUCAAUAAAACCCAUCGAUAUUCCAUUAUUUUAGUUCGCUACUUAAUAGUCUCGUACAGUUAUAAUCCAUUAUGCAGGUCAUAUUUACAUAAAAUGUUUUUAAUUUAACUUAAAACGCUGCUGCACAUACGUAGGAAUUAGGCGGCCAAGUCGAAAUUCCAAUAAUCGACUAAUGACAAACAAUUUUUUUCCUGGAAUAGUAGAAACUUGAUUGUCGCACUUACUGCACGUGAAAGUUCUUGACGCCCUUUUCGUAUAUCAUUUUCUUCGGUGAAUAUUUUAUAUGUCGUGUCAUAUUUGCUUGUUUAAGUGAUGGAUACCAAUAAUACAGGUAAGCCUUUAUUAAAUUAUUAUGAAAUUGUAUUAAAUAUAUUGUCAAUAAAUGACUUAAUGAGCCGUCAAUAAUACCCUUUUUUAGAAAUGUUUUUUCUUUAAUUUUCAAUUUCAAUCGAAAAAAAACUUUACUUCCGCACCUUUCCGAGUUACAUUUUUGAUUUCAUUAUAUGUAUAAAGUCUUAUAAAGAAAACUGCUUAAAAUCAGCUGCUAGUUUUAACAAUAAACGAGUUUGAAAUUUUUUUGACAAAAAUAGGAAAAAAUAGGAUUUUAUGUUUUUGUGUUAAUAUUAUUUUUUGAUUGUUAUAGGUUCACCUGGCUGCUCGGGGGUGAAAAUGUUGACUCGUAAAUACCUCUUUGAUAAAAUGAACGAGCAACAUUCAUUAUCGAUAAAUAAAAAAAUUAAAUAUUUAGAAAAUUAUUUACUCGUAUGUUACGGGGACACAGAAGAACAUAAAAAUGUGAUAAAAAAGAAGUUUUCGUAUUUUAAAUGUGAUUUGAUAAAGAGGUGGUCUCGGGCGCAUAGAAUACUUGAAAACUUUUUGGAGGCCAAUAAUUCUUGGUUGGAAGAUUUGAGAUACCCGUAGACACGCAUCAAAGGCCAGGACGACCUACCAAAUCUUUUACCGAAUCUAGUGAAAGAACAAAGAGAAAAAAACUGAAGGAGUCCGAGCAUCUUACGACGAAGAAGUAAUUGUUCACGCGGCACAAGUAAUUUUACAAACAGAAGGAAAAAGAAACGCGUCUACUGUUUUAAAAGACAUUAAAAAUUCUUCUGCGUCUGCCAGUGAUUGUAAAAACAGACAUUCAAAGUCUAAAGAAAUAGAGCCCCUUACUCCUCUGCAAGCACUGACAAUGUUUGUUGAAGUCGAUUUGACCCGAAGACAGUACGAAAUUAUUCGAGCAACGAACAAAAGAUUCUAUCCACAUUAUGAAUUAUUAUUGAAGGCCAAAGAAGAUUGAUACCCACCCAAGGAGUCAUUACGAGUGACGUCUCUACCUGCGCAGAAGGAAACCUACAAUCUUUGUUGGAUCACACUGUAACCAGAUUAUCCCUCUUCUUAGAAGAAGUCUUACUCACACUUGAUGCCGUUGAAAGGAACUCGUUACUGUUAAUCUGCAAAUGGGGUUGUGACGGCUCUCAACAAACCCAGUUUAAACAAAGACUCUCAAACGAAGAUGAAUCUGAUGCUAAUAUUUUUAUAAGCUCAUUUUUUGCCUCUACGAAUAGUUUGUGGUGAGGAUAAAAGUAAAAUCGUGUGGCAAAAUCCAACUCCAUCUUCACCUAGAUAUUGCCGUCCAAUAAGAUUUAGAUUCGUAAAAGAAUCUACGAACAUCACAAAAGAAGAAAACAAUUAUGUAAAGAAUAGUGUAAACUCAUUAAACUUGACGAAAGUUGACCUCAAUGGAGAGAAUUUUUUUUUCAACAUAGUUUUAAAAUGACUAUCGUUGACGGAAAGGUCUGCAAUGCAGAUACAGACACCAAAUCGACCAGCAGAUAUUAUAUAUGUGGAACUACAUCAAAAGAUUUUAAUGAUUUAAGAAAAAAAAAAUGAUGUAUGCCCUGAAGCUGAAGAAUAUGAUAAAUACGCCAUGGAAACUGCGAAACUAUAUGUUGAGUUAUAUGGCUGGCAUCAUAUGACUCCAACGAUGCAUAAGGUCUUAAUUCAUGGAGCUUCAAUAAUAGAAAAUUCGUUGUUGCCGAUAGGGCAACUUUCGGAAAAAACCGCUUCAAAAUUAUUUUUGCCUGAGAUAAUGCAGCUAUUAAUUCCUGCUGAGCCAAACCGACCAAUGGAAAUUGAUGGAAGCGGCGAAAAUUUAAAUGUAGAUGAAUAAUUCUCCAAUGUAUGAUUGAUUAUUUUUAGUGAUUAUCUAUUUAGCUUA